AUGGCCAGCACAUCCAAAGACAGCCCUCACCAUUUAAGGAAGAUCAGCUCUCAGCGCCUCCCACCGCCAUCGCUAUUCCAAGGACCCCCUUCUCAUAAUGCAUCCAAUCUAUCACUUCCUCAGCCUCCAUCCAAUGUAGGAUCUCGAGGUGCCAGCCAGCCUCCGCCGUCGCAGCGCAGUCGCACUCCUCGUGCUCAUGAUUCUUUUAGCACCCAAAGUCAUUCGCUAUCGCCGUUUCGCUCGCGCGCGCAGUCUAAGGGCGAAGUGGAUAGCUCUGAUGCGAUCUGGCAGGAAAUGCAAAGUGCCCUCUCCGAGGUUGAAUUAAGCGCCGUGACUCGAGAGCAUGUUUUUGGGGAAAAGCACUCAGAGGCAUUGGAAGAUCUGCGACGCAAACAGCUGACGCUUGCGCAGGCAUGGGCUCGGAGCGAGGCGGACGAAGUGGUCGACACGCCGGAGCGCCGUCCAUCGUUGCAAGAGAACCCGAAUGUCACAGCAGAGGAUAUUAAUCAUCGGAAUCUGGAUGAGGAAACUGAACGCGACAUCCUCCUGGCGCGCGAGAGGCGUGAGGCGAACGACCGGUACUUUGAUCGGGUGAAUAAUGGUGUGUUGGAUGUGGUGGCCAAACUCGAAGAAGUUGCUCAGGCUAUGCGUGCUGUGGAGAGGGAGAGCAAGGAUAUUUGGAGCGACACUGACAGCAUGACUACUACUACCACGGCACCAUCUACCACCAAUGCGGGGUGA